AUCUAAGUAAAAAGCAUGAAACCGUCAGUUAUUCGUGAACUUGUCUCGCAAUCGGACCAGUCUGAAGAUAUGGCACACACGUAUCAACCGGCAGUGGCAAUUCUUUUGCUUUUCUCUCUUGCACAAAUUGUUACUGCCGCCCCGGAUGUGACAAGAUCAUUAAGGCGUAUACGCUCUGUAAGUCCCUUCACUACAAACGUUAGAUGCGACAGUGGAAAACGUUUGGGAUGUGCCGAUUGCUCUACGGUACAGGUCUGUCAAUGGGAUGGUACUGCCAUCGAGUCUUCCAAGUAUCGUUGCGACUCUGUGGAUCCUUCCCAGCCGUAUUGUAAUGGAAAUUCUGGAACCUGUAGCGCUACGCCAACCGGCGAUUGCGACCAGCCAAGUGAUUUAUGCCCAGCAGAAGGAAUAUUCCCUCAACCAACCAACUGUCGCGAGUUCAUCUACUGCGAUGCAGAUAAAAACGCUUACGUCACACCUUGUGCAUCCAACGAAGCUUACAACCACACGGUACAGGAUUGCGUACGGUCAGGAACUUGUUUUCAGAUAAACUGUGCUGCUGCUACUUCCCAAAACCAAUGGUACGCCUACACUCCUGCACCGGAGUUGUACGUCUUCUGCUCCAGCACGGCCGGACCAAUGACAUUCGAGUGCCAAGGGAAUGAGGUUUUCAAUGCACGCUUAAGAAAGUGUGACUUCAGUUGUCCCAGUGCCGGAAGGUUUGCCAUUCCGAAUGAACCAGUCAACAGCAAACGUUACUAUCAAUGCGUUUUGGGAACGGGCAAUGUGUUUACGUACACCAUUCAACAGUGCGCCGGCAUUCUGGUCUUCGAUGCGGUUAACUCAAGAUGUGCUCCACCCCAAGCCACAUCAUCACCAGCACCUACAACAGCAUCAUCUUAGUUAAUCUGAAAAAAAACACUUUCUACCCAUUCCGUGGACAGUUGAAAGUUCGCAGUUAAAAGAAAAAUACUUAAAUAUAUGAGUGUGAAUAGAAAA